AUGGCAGUCGGCGCAGUCACCGCCAUCCUCAAGCCCAGAGCAACAGUGAAAGAUGGCUCUCUUAACCAGCCCUGGGUGCAUCCCCAUGUUUCCCAAAGUCAAGAUCCCGUCAAAGGCCGGCAGCUCCACGUUACGGCGCCCAUUGCAACUGGAGAGAUCCUCAUGGCCGACACUCCGUAUGCUGUGAUUCCAGUAGUGGACGAUCCCAUCAGCAGCACCGAGAUCUUAUGCAGUAAUUCCACCUGCCAUCGCAAGGUGUCGAAUAGAGUCACCUGUCCGAACCAUUGUGUGCCAGAAGUCCUCUGGUGCAGUGAUAUCUGCCGGGAAGCCGACAGAGCCCGUCAUGGCUUCGAAUGCGCCUGGCUCAAGACAAAGGGUGCGGUGCUACGCUCCAACGAGGGCGAAUACUACUUUGGUGUGCUUUGGCUGAUUGUGCGAGUUCUGGCCGCACGAUCUGUCGAGUCCAAGUCUGUGCGAAUAGGCAGAGAAAAAGAACGAUUCUCCAGCGGCUGGACCGCGAUGAAAGAGCUCUGCGAUAACCGCGGAUUAUGGCCUGAAGCUGAACUGGUGCAAUGGAGGAUGCUGGUGGAGAAAUAUCUCUGCGAUCAGUCCUUACAGACCAGCUUCAGUGCAGAAGAGAUGUUGACUUUGAUCUGCCAACAAGAAUCAAAUUCAUUCGGUUUAUAUCCCCGUGCGACUGGGCUGUCUGAUGGCAUCGAUCGAGGGGAACAAUAUGCAGCAGCCAUCUAUCCGAGAUCAUCCAUAGCAAAUCACUCCUGCUGUCCGAAUAUCACGCACAAACCAGAUGAACAAGGACGGAUGGUCUUCACGGCAUCCAAAGACAUCGCAGCGGGCGAGGAAUGCUGCAUUUCCUACUUUGACCUGUCGAAAUGCGUCGAUGUCAGCAUGCGACAGAAAAACCUCAAAGAAUUAUUCUCUUUUGGCUGCCAGUGCCAGCGAUGCGUGGCUGAACUGCCGUCCGAAGAAGAGAUCUGGGGUGCUCUUCCUUUUUGUUGA